UUUAGUUGUUCUUGUUCCUCUCUCCUUCCAACGCAACUACGUUGCAAAGCCAAGAAUUAGAAAGCUGAAGAGAAGAACUUGUUCACAACCAAACUCAAUUAAAACCUUAUAUCAAAAUCAUAUCAUAUCAAAUAUCAAUUUUUUUUAUAAUAUGUUUUCCAUUUUUUUGAUUGACACAGUAAUUUCCUCUUCUUCCACGCAACCAUAAGAAACAAAAUUAAAAAGAAAACCCUUUCUCUUCUUCUUCUCUUUUUCCUUUCUUUGUCUUCUUCAAUCACCGCUUGGUUUCAUUCAAUCACCUUCCAAACUUGUCUCAUCCUUUCAAUUCUUCAGCUUUCACUGCCCUUUUCCGCCUUUCAAUUUCAUUUACCUAUUUGGGUAUCCCUAAAUUCUUUUUAUCCAACAACACUUUCCCCAUGUCCUCUUCUUAGUUCAAGAAUUUACCAUUUAGGUAUUUGGGGCAUGGACUGGCUGUUUAUGCCCGCCUUCCGUGUCUGUGAACAAUGUUUGGCAGACAAAGAGAUGCAAGUUCUUUCAGUAUCUUCAAAUGGAAAAAUAAAGGUAAAUCAUCAGUAACAGAAGGUUUACUUCAGGAUGUUCCACCAGAGGUCGAAUUGUCUGAUUAUAGAAGGUUACCGAGUCCAGGCAGUGAAAGCCCUUCAGGGCUUCUUAAUGGCGAGAGCCUAAAUGUUGAACCGAUCGCUGAUUUGGAUCUCUUCUUUGAAAGGCUUUACAGCUACUACUGUGAAAAGGGGCUUUGGUGCAUCAUUACAAAGUGGAUUGUUGAACUUCUUAGUCUAGGAUUCACCAUAUGCUUUUCAGGCUUCUUUUUGUUAUAUGUUGAUUGGAAUGGGCUCCGUAAUGCGAAAUGUGGGAUGGAUGCAGUUGAAUCCGGAAUGAAGCCCUGUGAUCUUUCUAAAGAAGCUCUUAAUAGACACCCUUUAACCCCGCUAACGCUGACGAAAGUUAUCAUUGUUGGAUACCUAGGAAUAUUUUCUACAUAUUGGAUAUUCUGCUUCUUGAGGUUCUUUGCUCAACUAAAGGAUGUUCUGGAAAUCCGACAGUUUUACUAUGAUAGUCUUCAUGUUACCGACAAUGAAAUUCAAACCAUGCCAUGGGCUACGAUUAUUGAAAAGGUUGUUCUGGUGCAAAGUUCACGACAGCUGUGUGUCGUAAAGGAUCUUUCUGCUCAUGACAUGGUGAUGAGGUUGAUGCGGAAGGAGAACUACUUGAUUGGAAUGCUUAACAAGGGUGUGCUUGCUUUUCCAAUCUCUCAAUGGGUCCCCGGUGCUGGUCCUAAAGUGAAAUCUGAUCCAAAUGGAACAGAGCAUCGUCUAAUACUAACCAAGACCCUGGAGUGGACUUUGAAUUGGUGCAUACUGCAAAGCAUGUUUGAUAGAAACUUUUACGUCCGAAGGGAUUUUGUGUCGAAUCCAAGGACAUUAAGGAAGAGGCUUACGGUUGUGGGGCUUGCAAUGCUUUUCCUUUCUCCAUUUCUUGUCAUAUUCAUGCUAGUAUAUCUCUUCCUAAGGCAUGCUGAACAAUUUUAUAAUCACCCAAGUACAGCUUCAUCUCGAAGAUGGUCAAAUUUGUCAAGGUGGAUCUUUAGGGAAUUCAAUGAGGUGGAACAUUUCUUCAAGCAUCGGAUUAAUAGCAGUGUAGUACAUGCUUCCGAUUAUCUGAAGCAGUUUCCUACGCCUAUCAUAUCCAUCAUUGCAAAAUUCAUCUCUUUUGUAUCCGGUGGCUUUGCUGCAAUCCUUAUCAUCAUCGCUUUCCUGGACGAGUCUCUGCUUGAGGGUCAUAUAUUUGGUCGGAACUUGUUUUGGUAUGCUGCUGUUUUUGGAACUAUAACUGCCAUUAGCCGAGCUGCAAUUUCGAAUGAGCUUCUGGUCUUAGACCCCGAAGGAGCAAUGUCUAUGGUAGUUCAUCAUACACAUUAUAUGCCAAAGAGAUGGCGUGGCAAAGAAAGUACUGAAAUGGUUCGAAUUGAGUUCGAAACCUUAUUCCAGUAUACUGGGAUGAUGUUACUCGAGGAGAUGGCUUCAAUUUUCCUCACUCCAUACUUACUUCUGUUCGUUGUUCCGAAGCGAGUUGAUGAUAUAUUGCAGUUCAUUCAAGACUUCACUGUGGAUGUCGAAGGUGUUGGUCAUGUUUGCAGUUUCAGCGUCUUCAAUUUUCAAGAGCAUGGAAACAGUAGUUAUGGUUCCCCUUACAAUGCGCCUCGCAGCCGGAGGAGUUCUCAGGGCAAGAUGGAGAAAUCAUUUUUGAGCUUUCAGAGUAGUUACCCUUCAUGGGAACCAAAUGCUGAAGGGAAGCAAGUCUUGUUAAAUCUGAAAACCUUCAGAGAACAAAAGUUACAUGGACAUGGACACGGACAAGGAAAUGGAUACGGAGACAGGGACAUAUAUUCCCCUCCUAGAACAUGGAGAUGUAGCCCUAACUUUGGAAGCAAUGGAGACAGAAACAGGUUUGUGUCCCGGGAUAUGCCGUUUGCAACCGGCAAUCAUUUAGGUUCGUUGUGGCUAAUCGAGUCUAAUCCAAACAACCAUCCCUAUCUUCUCGAUUGGUACUAUACUUCUCAACCACAUGGCGUAACAUCGAGGGAUAUUCCGGACGAUCCAUUUGAAGUAACCGAGCAUCAUCCCGGAAAUUGGAUGGCUUCCAACACGACACAAAACGAACCUGGCUACGAACAUUACUUGAAUGACUUUUGUGACGAUCGAGCCACUUCUCAUCUCGGGGCUUCUACUUCAGCCCCCAUCUUUAAGGAAAGCCUGAUUGAGGAUCGAAAUGCGAACAAUCUGCUGCCAACGACACGGAGCCAUUGGUGGGCUAGAAGCCGUCAGGGGCAGGGCGGCCAGGGUCAAACAAGCUUCUUCGAGCCUCCGGAUUUCAAUCACCAAAAUGCUUUUAAUUACCAUGACAGAUUUUCUGAUAGAGGGUCAGAGGGUCAAGAUGAAGAAGAACAACAAAACUUGCACUGGAGAGAUUAUAAUCACCAACUCUCAAGAACAGCACUCAUAGAUGACUUAGAAGCAGGAGCAAUGAAUCUUCAUUUUGAUGAUAUUUAUAGCGCACCUCCAGAAAAUCACACUGUAAAUCCAAACAUUUCUAGAAGCUUUUGAGUGAAGGCUUUGUCAUUUCAUUGUUCUCUCUUUCAAAAUAAUUGUCGUUUUGACUAAAUUAGGACAUGCAAAAAUCAAUGUAUUUGGAUACGUUACGGGUCGAUCGAAUUUUUUCUUCUUUUCAAAAUUUUGUGAAGGAAAACCAGAUCACAGUGGAAACAUAAUUUUAUUGUUUUCAUUUGUUUUUUAUUUUUCCUUGGACAAAAUUUUGAAAAUGAAAAUAGAAACCAAUUAAUAUAACAAUUUAGUCGAAGCGGCAUUUAUUUAUUGGUGAAAACUUACAUACAGUUGUCUUCGUAUGAAGUUUGAUAGUCGAGAACUGUUAGAUGACAAUUUAGUCAAAUUUGUCUAUUUAUUAGUUUUCGACUACCAACUUUACAUGAAUACAAUUGCAUGUGAGUGUUAAUCUUGUUUAUUUUGAAAUAGAGGAAUGUUUGUUUGGGAGGUUCUGCUUUCCAAGCACUGUAAAUCCAAAGUUCUUAUGGUUUGUUCCUUUCCAUGUCAUGAUUGCCCUUCUUUGUUUACCAGUAUGCAAAUUAGAAACAAUAUUCUUUGAUGUAAAUAGAUUCAUUGGAAUUUGAAGAUUAAUUA